AUGCAGGAGAAUUACGAGACAGUGACCUCGCUCGGAUUUCCCAUUCCCAAACCUGAACUGAUCGCCCAGCUGGAACGAGGGGAAGAGCCGUGGGUGCCCGAUCUCCAGGCCUGCGAAGAGAGAGAGAUCCCAAGAGGCACCCACACAGGUGAUGAAAGAGUGAGUGAGAAUGAAGAGGAGAAUCAUGAUGCAGAAGUUUCUGGUAAAGUGGAACCACAGGAGACCUUUAUGGGAAGUGCUGCCUGGAAUUUUUCCCAGUGCUUGGAACAGGGAGAAGCCUGGAGAAUCCACACAGGAGAGAGACCUCACAAAUGCAUAGACUGUGGGAAAAGUUUCAUCCAGAGAUCAGACCUUGAUAAACAUCAGAGAAUCCACACAGGAGAGAGACCGCACAAGUGUGUGGACUGUGGAAAAACUUUUAUACAGAAGUCAGCCCUUGUUAAACAUCAGAGAAUUCACACAGGAGACAGACCCCAUAAGUGCUUGGACUGUGGGAAAACUUUCAUAUGGAGAUCAGACCUUGUUAAACAUCAGAAAAUUCACACAGAAGAGAGACCUCACAAAUGUGUGGACUGUGGAAAAAGUUUCAAACAGAGGUCAGACCUUGCUAAACAUCAGAGAAUCCAUACAGGGGAGAGACCAAACAAGUGUGUGGACUGUGGAAAAAGUUUCAUACAGAGGUCAGGCCUUGUUAAACAUCAGAAAAUCCACACAGGAGAGAGACCCUAUAAGUGUUUGGACUGUGGGGAAAGUUUCAGAAUCACAUCAUCCCUUGUUAAACAUCAGAGAAUCCACACAGGAGAAAGCCCCCAUAAGUGCUUAGACUGUGGAAAAAAUUAUGUACGGCGGUCAGACCUUAUUAAACAUCAGGCAGUCCACACAGGAGAGAGACCCUACAAGUGCUUAGACUGUGGGAAAAAUUUUGUACGGAGAUCAGACCUAAUUAAACAUCAGAGGAUCCACACAGGAGAGAGACCCUAUAAGUGUUUGGAAUGUGGAAAAUGUUUCACACACAGAUCACAUCUUAUAGCACAUCAGAGGAUUCACACAGGAGAGAGACCCCAUAAGUGCUCGGACUGUGGGAAAAGUUACACACAGAGAUCACACCUCACUAAACAUGGGAGAAUCCACACUGGAGAGAGACCCUAUAAGUGCUCGGACUGUGGGAAAAGUUACACACAGAGAUCACACCUCACUCAACAUAGGAAAAUCCACACAGGAUCUAAACUUCUGUGACACGUGACCCAGAUUCAACCUUUAGACACAUGUUAGAAAUGUGUGUAAAUGCUAAUUAGCGCCAUUCCACAUUAGAUAAGAUAGAGCUUUGAAAUGUAAACUUUUAUGGUUAAAGAACUGGAAGAAGCUAGUAAUUGUAAUAGUCUACGUUUACUUACAUCUUGUUAGAGGUUAACAGUGUAACUAUAGGGUUCCUGUCUAGGGUUGUAUUUUGUUAAGUCUGAGAUGGGAAGGAAAUAUUAACAUAUAGAUAAAAUUUGGGUGUAAUAAUAUCGUUGUCUACAUGUCUCUGUAAAGUUUGUGGUAAACUGUUUAUUAACUGCUCUGUGGAUAUUUACCUUAUUUUAGUCUAUGUAAUUAAUUACCAGUGUUGUUUAAGAAAAAGAAUAAAUGGACACAAAUCUGACAUCAGGAAUCAUAACAUUCAAAAACAUCUGUUAGUCUUAAAGGUGCCUCUGUUGCUUUAUUCAAAAACCAGUGGAAGAACACUUCAACCUCUCUAACCACUCAGUGACAGACUUGAAGGUGGCAAUUUUGCAACAAAAAAACUUCAAAAAGAGACUCCAAAGAGAGACUGCUGAACUUGAAUUAAUAUGCAAAUUAGAUACAAUUAACUUAGGUUUGAACAGAGACUGGGAAUGGUUGGGUUAUUACACUAAUUGAAUCUGUUUCCCCAUGUUAACUAUCAUCACACCUUCUAUGGGUCAUCUCGAUUAUCACUUCGAAGGUUCUUUUUCUCCUGCUGAUGAUAGCUCAUCUCAAUUGAUUGGCCUUUUACAGUUGGUAUGGCUACUCCCACCUUUUCAUGUUCUCUGUAUGUAUAAAUAUAUUCUUGCUUUAUGUUCCAUUCUAUGCAU